ACCGUCAUCUAGGGCACGGUGAUACGACAAUGGAAUAUUCAUAUCACCUUGCUCACGUUUUAUAACAGUUAUUUCAUUGCUUUUGUUUAGUAAUCGUGGACUCUGAAAUGCAUAUAUCAAGCUUGUCGUGUUCAGGUUGAAAGACAGGCGUGCCUUUCUGUAUCUGAGAGUUUCAGAACCGAUUCACGGAGAAGAGAGCAGCCGGUGAAUUGUUUCUGAGAAAAUAGUCUCUCUACUGUUGCCAAUUUGGCCUCGGACAACUGGAGAGAAAAAUCAAAAAGAAGCGAAUCCCGAAAACGUCCCAGACCCCGGUGAUGGGAAAGAAUUUGUGCUUGGUUAAGGGUGUGGGUUACUGAUCAGAAGGUCCGGGGUUCAAGCCCCAGCACUGCCAAGCUGCCACUGUUGGGCCCUUGAGCAAGGCCCUUAACCCUCUCUGCUCCAGGUGCGCUGUAUCAUGGCUGACCCUGCGCUCUGACCCCACCUUCCUGACAUGCUGGGGUAUACGAAGAAAACAAUUUCACUCUGCUUUAAUGUUUACGUGACCAAUAAAGACUCAUUAACAUAACGAUUAUUCGGUUACUCUCUAGUAACCUGUAGAGCACCCCCUAGUCCGUAUUCAUGUAAUUUGGUCUUCAUGAAAAUCCCGUACAUUUGGGAAAAGGUUUUGUGUACAUCACUACCUCAUGUAAUCCCCAACUGAUCGAUUUAUAAUUUGGGAUGAGUUACCGCACAUUUUAUAUAGGGAUUACGCCGUCAAGUUCAAACCGCUAAUUCGUUUAAUUUGGGACGAAAUGGCAUUAAUGAAAUCUUACAUGUGUUUUAAAAUAAAUAAAUAAAUAAAUAAAUAAAUGGAAAGAAGCCGAAUCCAUUUUACGGACGCGAACACAAAAUCACGCGAACGCCACAGUAUCCGGAGGAGCUUUCGAAUUGUAAAAAUCACCGCGGGAUCUCGGCAGGACGCGUCACGUGACGUCGUGACGACGCGCGUUCAGCCGAAGCCCUCUUCGAUUCACGUGCGUCGAAAACGAGUACGGCUAAAAAGGUCUCGUUUACCAACAAACAUCACCGCGGAACAGUUUCGUGCGAUCGCGAUUCCGCCGAUCCGAGUAGUUCUUCACGAGAAAGAACGCGACACUGCAGAUCGCAUCGCAAAGCUCGAGGAAAAAAAAGCCGCAGCAAAAUCGAGCGUUCCUGACCGCGACGCUCGCGGAAAACUCGGCAAAAGCCGGUGUGGCCUGUUCAGAAUCAAAACAGCUUUGAAAUGGUUUGGCCUCCCACUGCUAACACAAACUCGGUGGAUUACCAGUAUCGUGUUUUGUUUUGUUUUGUUUUUUUACCUCAGUUUCUUUUCUUUUGAGCGUGAUUAUAUUGCACUGGAUGCAAGACGCCGAAUUCACCUCCGUAAUUUCUCUCCACGUUCUGACUUUUUCCGGUCCCUUUUUAUUCAACUUCUGCCGCCUUCUGAUUCCUUUGUCUUUUGGCUGUUUUAGUAACCGUUUUGCAUUUAGUGACCGUGCCGUUUUAUGGGCAUGGCCAAACGCAAAUCGGCUCCGGUGUGCACGCACCCGGGAACUCGCAGGUGGUUGCUAUUCAUCACCACACCCACACGAGUAGAUUUUUUUUUUUUGUCUUGAUCUCGUGUGUUUUGAUUGUCCGACUGGCACAGGACGUUCUGCACCUCUGCUGGAAUUCCGUGUAAACAAACCGGAUUCCAGAGAUCAGAAGACAAAGCGAGAGGGAUUUGGGAAAGCAUGACCGGGGGUGUUGGGAAGCGCGUUGUUUUGAUUUUUAUCUUUAUUAGAGAAAAUUCUUCACCUGAGAACGUUCUUUUACGCUCCUGUGAAACUCAAACUCAACUCAAGGCGCUUGGGCGUUCUACUGGUUUGCACUGGUUAUGGUGCUGGGACUACAUGCUGACCGUAUUGGUGUGGGUCUGUGUGUGUUUUUUGCUCAGGUCGUUAAACAUGGACUGUGAGAACCAAGACAAGGACAAGGAUGGAAAUCCUACAGCUACCAGCUCUUUCAACAACACCAACUCCAACAACAGUAUUCAGACCAUCGACUCCACACAGGCUCUGUUCCUCCCAAUCGGAGCAUCUGUCUCGCUCUUAGUCAUGUUCUUCUUCUUCGAUUCGGUCCAGGUGGUUUUCACCAUCUGCACUGCAGUUCUGGCUACUAUAGCGUUUGCGUUCCUGCUGUUGCCGAUGUGCCAGUAUCUGACGCGACCCUGCUCCCCACAGAACAAGAUUUCAUUUGGCUGCUGUGGCCGCUUCACGUUAGCUGAGUUGCUCUCCUUCUCCCUCUCGGUCAUGCUCGUCCUCAUCUGGGUGCUCACAGGACACUGGCUCCUCAUGGACGCACUGGCGAUGGGUCUGUGUGUGGCGAUGAUCGCCUUCGUGAGAUUACCCAGUCUGAAGGUGUCCUGCCUGCUCCUGUCUGGUCUGCUCAUAUACGAUGUGUUCUGGGUCUUCUUCUCGGCUUACAUCUUCAACAGUAACGU